UCACCUGAGGGCGUGAUCUGGUCCCCUCUCGGUGGCCGAGGAGUGGCUUCUUUGGCCAAAGUUUGAUUUUCCCAAUACUUGUCCAAAUUUGGAUUAAAACAUUGAACUCUUAGUCGAUAACUUUCUGUCUGUUUGGAGUUGUGACACUGGUCUCGAAGAGACCUCACCGGACUUCAGAGGGGGAUAGAAGCCUCGAGUGAGUGUGAGUGAGUGGCCGAAGGAGACUGUCUGACGCGGGAUGGCAACGGGAACGCGCUAUGCCGGGAAGGUGGUCAUCGUGACGGGGGGCGGGCGCGGCAUUGGAGCUGGGAUCGUCCGAGCCUUCGUGGAAAGUGGCGCCCAGGUGGUGAUCUGUGACAAAGACGGGUCCACUGGUCGGACCCUGGAGCAGGAGCUGCCUGGGUCUGUCUUUGUCCUCUGUGACGUGACUCAGGAGGAUGAUGUGAAGACCCUCGUUUCUGAGACCAUCCGCCGCUUCGGCCGCCUAGACUGUGUGGUCAACAACGCCGGCUCCCAUCCACCUCCGCAGUGGCCUGAGGAGACCUCCAUCCAAGGCUUCCGGCAGCUGCUGGAGCUGAACCUGCUGGGGAUGUACACGCUGACCAAGCUCGCCCUCCCUCACCUGCGCAAGAGCCGAGGCAACGUCAUCAACAUCUCCAGCCUGGUUGGGGCGAUCGGCCAGUCCCAGGCAGUUCCCUAUGUGGCCACCAAGGGGGCGGUGACAGCCAUGACCAAAGCCUUGGCCUUGGAUGAGAGUCAAUAUGGCGUCCGCGUCAACUGCAUCUCCCCAGGAAACAUCUGGACCCCGCUGUGGGAAGAGCUGGCAGCAUCAACACCUGACCCCACGGCCAAAAUCCGAGAGGGCACACUGGCCCAGCCCCUGGGCCGCAUGGGCCAGCCCGCUGAGGUGGGCGCUGCUGCUGUGUUCCUGGCCUCCGAAGCCAGCUUCUGCACCGGGAUUGAGCUGCUAGUGACUGGGGGCGCGGAGCUGGGCUUUGGGUGCAAGGCGGUGCAGUGCAGCGUCCCCGCAGGGGCGUCUGUGAUCCCCUAAUCUCCCACGUUUCCACCUGGGCCUCCCGGACCAGGGCUCUCCCAUCGCAAACUCAGUCUCCCAAAUUCCCCUUCCCACCUCUCAGCUGCUGCGCCCCCCCGCCCCCGCACCCCCCCAGACUUUAAGCCCACUUACCAAUGUCCAGACCACCCCACAUCUUUCCAUAAAAGCACUUUGCAGCCAA